AUGGCCGUAGAGAUUGAGCAACCCUUUGUUGGACUAUCAAAAGUUGCAGUUUCCGAGACUCAUGGAGAGGACUCUCCAUACUUCGCAGGCUGGAAGGCAUAUGAUGAAGAUCCUUACGAUGAAUCAUCUAACCCAUCAGGAGUCAUACAGAUGGGACUGGCAGAAAAUCAAGUUUCAUUUGAUCUGUUAGAAGAGUACUUGGAACAGCAUUCAGAAGCAUCUAGCUGGGGAAAAGGAGCCCCUGGCUUUAGAGAAAAUGCCUUGUUUCAAGAUUAUCAUGGACUCAAAUCUUUUCGACAGGCAAUGGCAAGUUUCAUGGAUCAAAUCAGAGGUGGAAGAGCGAAUUUUAACCCUGAUAGGGUAGUCCUGACAGCAGGAGCAACUGCUGCUAACGAGUUGUUAACCUUCAUUCUAGCCGAUCCUGGUGAUGCUUUGCUAGUUCCAACUCCGUACUAUCCAGGAUUUGACAGAGAUUUAAGGUGGAGGACUGGUGUAAAAAUUGUACCAGUGCAUUGUGAUAGCUCGAACAAUUUCCAGGUCACCACUCAAGCCUUGGAAGCUGCAUAUAAGGGCGCAGUAGCCAUGAACAUCAAAGUAAGAGGGGUACUUAUAACAAAUCCUUCAAAUCCACUUGGUGCCACAAUCCAGCGCUCUGUCCUCGAAGAUAUUCUUGAUUUUGCCAUCCGCAAGAACAUUCAUCUUGUGUCCGACGAAAUCUACUCAGGAUCCACCUUCUCUUCAUCUGAAUUCAUAAGCAUCGCUGAAGUUCUUCAAGCUCGUGAAUAUAAAGAUUCAGAAAGAGUUCACAUUGUUUACAGUCUUUCUAAAGAUCUUGGUCUUCCAGGUUUUAGAGUUGGAACUAUAUACUCAUUUAAUGACAAAGUUGUUACCACUGCGCGAAGGAUGUCUAGCUUCACCUUGAUUUCUUCACAAACACAACAUCUCCUGGCUUCCAUGUUGUCUGACAAGAAAUUCACAGAGAAUUACAUUAAGACAAAUAGGGAGAGACUAAGGAAGAGAUAUGAAAUGAUAAUUCAAGGAUUGAGAAAUGCCGGGAUAGAGUGUUUGAAAGGUAAUGCUGGGUUGUUUUGCUGGAUGAAUUUAAGUCCAUUGUUGGAGACACCUACAAGAGAAGGUGAAUUGGCUCUUUGGAAGUCUAUCCUUCAUGAAGUGAAGCUAAAUAUAUCUCCAGGUUCUUCUUGCCAUUGCUCUGAACCAGGAUGGUUUAGGGUAUGUUUCGCUAACAUGAGCGAGCAGACACUAGAAAUUGCACUUAAGAGAAUACAUAAUUUCAUGGAUAAAAUAAAAACGCCAAGCAAUUGA